AUUUAUUGCACUAAUGAGUUUAAAUAAUUAUUUUUCUAAUGUUCUUGUCGCUAAAUAAAAAUAUUAAAUAUUAUGUAAAUAAUAACUUGUAAAAAAAAAUCAAGAUGUUGAGUCCGAAGAUGCAAAAAUCAGUAAGAAUAAAUGAUUCGCAAGUAUUAACGCUGUCAGAGAGAGCUCAUUAUGAUCAUUCAUUGGCUGGUUAUUUACACAAACGAACCGCUGAUUUAACGAAAUGGCAACUUCGUUGGUUUGUGCUCUACCAGAAUUUAUUAUUCUAUUAUGAUAAUGAGGCUUUCUCACGUCCAAGUGGUGUCAUUAUGCUCGAAGGUUGUUAUUGUGAUCGGCUUAUAGCUGCGACGACGACUAACACCAGCAAAGAAUCGGAAAGAAAAUUUUGUUUCGCUAUAUCAUAUCGGCGAGAGAACCAACGGCAGUAUGAGUUGAAAGCUUCCACGGAAUCAGAUUGCAAAAUGUGGAUCGACGCUAUCAGAGAUGCCAGUUUCAAUAAGCUCCUAUUACAAAAGGAAGAGCUUGAACAGAAGCAUCUGCAUCUACUACAAAUCGUCGAGAGUGAAAAAACGGCUAAAUGGCAAUAUACGCAACAAUGCGAAGAACUGACGUUUGAAAUUAAAAAAUUACGAUCCGAGUUGUGUAUUCUAAAACGCGAGCUGCAGUCGAAUUCGAAGAUUACGAUCAUACAAAACGACAAUAAUAACAAUGAUGACGAUGAUGAUGAAGAUGACGACGAAUACUAUAACGACGAAGACGAAGAAGAUGACAAUGAUGAUGGUAGCAGUGGCAAGACCAGUACUUUGAAUGUCGGUGAAAAAAAUACGAGUAAUGCCAAAAAAGUCUCUUCUCCAUCUACAAAAUUGCCUCCUUCUCCCACAACUGCCAGUGGUGUCAAAACGAAAAACCGGCGGCAUCAUCGUAGGCGACAUUUAAUCACUGUUAAUGGAAUAAAAGGCGGCAAUACUGGCGCUGGAACAUCGCCAAACAUUGCCAGUGUUGUAGAUAUGGAGAAAAUUAAAAAAGUUCAAAGUUUUUUUCGCGGAUGGCUUUGUCGGCGUAGAUGGAAGCAGAUUGUUGAAGAGUAUAUCAAAAGUCCCCAUGCUGAAAGCAUGCGUAAAAGAAAUAGUUUGGUAUUCCAAAUGGUAGAAGCUGAAGAAGAAUAUACGGAUCAGAUGGAAGUGCUCGUUAGUUGUUUUCUAAGGCCCUUUAAAAUGGCCGCGAGUUCAAAGAAACCACCGUGCAGUCACGAGGAUGUAAAUAGUAUUUUUUUAAACAGCGAGACAAUAUUAUUCCUUCACCAGAUAUUUCUCAAAGGACUUACGUCACGUAUGGAAAACUGGCCGACCCUUGUACUUGGUGAUUUAUUUGACAUGCUACUUCCAAUGCUUUCAAUUUAUCAAGAGUACGUCCGCAAUCAUCAUUACAGCUUGCAAGUUUUAACAGAAUGCAAACAAUCGUCAUUGUCAUUUGCUGCGCUAUUGACCCGGUUGGAAAAUAAGUCAAUCUGUCGUGGUAGAUCUCUAGAAACUUUUCUUACCUAUCCAAUGCACCAGAUUCCACGAUACAUUAUUACUUUACACGAAGUGCUGGCUCAUACACCUCACGAUCAUGUAGAAAGAAAGAGUCUUGAAAACGCUCGACAGCAGUUGGAAGAUUUAUCGAGACAAAUGCAUGAUGAAGUCAGUGAAACAGAAAACUUGAGAAAAAAUUUAGCGAUUGAACGAAUGAUUGCUGAAGGAUGUGAUAUUCUUUUAGAUGUAAAUCAAGUCUUCGUGCGGCAAGGAACAUUAGUUCAAAUUUUGGACAAGUCUCGUGGAAACAGUGGAAGCACAGGAGGAUUGUUGUGGAGCAAAACAAGCGCCAUAACAUUUGGACGAAAGAAAAGUAGUAAUCAUAACGGAGCGUUGAGACAGUGUUUUUUAUUUUCGAAUCAUUUAAUUCUUACGAUAAGACAACAGUCUGAUGGAGACGAUUUGGGUCGAUUAACUAUUGUACCUGGUAUUGGUAAAAUUCCACUGAGCGAUGCGAUACUCAUAGAGGAUCCUAGUGAGCAAGCUGCUUCCUCAGCAGCUGCGGCUAUUGAUGACGAUGAAAUAUCAGUUUGUUCAUUAUCAAGUGGCUCAACAGCAUCAGCAGUAUUGAGUGAAAGUAGUAGUAUUUUUUAUGGAGGUAGUAGUAGUAGCACCAGUGGAAGCAGUUCUUCCUUUGGGAAUCGUGAUUUUAAAAUAAUGUUAGAUACUAAAUCAGGGGGUCCAUUAAUAGCAAUUCAUCUUCUAGCUUCAACAAUGCAGGAAAAAGCUGCAUGGAUAAGUGAUAUAAGUCAAUGUAUGGAUAACAUACACUUUAAUAAUUUACUCGGUCAUUCAAUAAACGGCGGCUUGGGAUCUUUGUCUUCGUCCUCAUCAGAUACGAGUUCCGCAGUGAUAAUGCCGCACUCAAUUAAGAAUGACCCAAAAUUGUUCAAUGACGACGUAGAUAUUAGAUUUAGCCAAACGUUGAAUUCAUGUAAACUUCCUCAAAUACGUUAUGCGACGCCCGAAAGACUAUUGCAACGACUGACUGAUUUAAGAUUUCUCAGUAUUGAUUUUUUAAAUACAUUUUUAUUAACAUAUCGUGUUUUUACUGACAGCGUUACUGUGCUGGAAGCACUAAAGAGAGUUUUUUAUAACUCCGAGCAUCCGCGGUAUUCUCUCAGCACUCCAGACCAAGUGUCUUCUUGUCACUACCAUAAAAAAAUAGAAGAAGAAACAGCUGAUAAUAGUACUUCCAUAUCGCUUGACAAAAUAUCCUCCGAAAGUACCGAUAAAAAUCAAAUAGCUUCAGUUCACCAACCCGGCGGCUUAUUAACCGAAGAUUACAAACAAAGCAACAAUGCUCUGAGAAGAAUCAGCGGAGCCAGUUCUGUUUCCGGGUACGAAUCGUCUGAAGUAAGCGAUUCACGUGAUCAAGUGUUAGUACGCUGUAAUAACUGUUCCUGUCGUCAUGAACCCACUCUAUUGCUUCCUAAGUCUGCGUCUACAUCAACAGCAACGUUGACAGUCAAUCAUAAAGUAUCAAGUACCAACGAUUGCUGUUGUGAGGGUAAUUUUCAUUGCAAGGAAGCUUCGAAUCAGAUAAACAACCAAACAGAUAAAAAUGAUGGUUCAUCGAUUAAAUUUAAAAGCACUGGCGGAAAAUUUGGACAAUCUUUAGAAGAUAAUCAACAGCAAUCAUCAACUGCCAAUAAUUUAAAUGUUAAGGUAGACAAUGAUAGUGAUCAUGUCUUGUCGAGUUAUCUUACUAUACCAAAAGCUAACAUGACGGGCUCGUCAUCCAGUUCGGAAACUUUGACAGAUAUGAUGGUGAAUAAUACUCCACCUUCAGCUCCGUCGUCACCGAGUAACAAGAGUUCUAUUACUUUAAUCGACUCAACUGGUUGCGGGAAUGCUGGAGAUAGUAAUGAACUGUCAAAGGAUUCUUUCCCAGCGAUAGACAGCGAAGAAACUAAGCAGAAUUCUUAUCCGAUGAGAGAACAAAAGGAAAGAGUUGAAACGGAGAAGAAAUUUUCUAGUAAUGACUCGCAUUCAAAUUCUCCAAAGACAAGUAACCAAAGAUCAAAAUUUGUCAGCACUGUUAAUACAGACGCACUCACGGGCUCUCAUAAAAAAUCCGACUCUGACAGGAAUGAGUCAUGGACUGUCAAUUCUACGUCAGAUGAUGACAGUUCAUUAUCAUCCCCGUUAAAUCAGGCUCACAAUCGACGUCACCUUGAGCAGCAACAGCAACAGCAACAUCGAGCAUCUGUUGUUUCAGCACCUCCGAUUGCUACCUAUGAUAGCAGACGCAGUUGUGGUUCUAUAUCAAAUAUUGUAGGGAACUAUUGGACCGGUAGAAGAUCAUUCCAAGAAGGUACUGGAAGUAAUAGGGACAAAAAUUCGCGACAAUCAUAUGCAUCAUAUCAAUCAUCUACGCAUUUUUAUCAUGAAAUACCUACUCAAGGGUCAAGAAAAGCUGGCGUUGUCAUCACUAGUUCUCGGCAGAGUCAUAGAAGGAGUAGUACAUCAACAGCAGCAGCAGCAUUCGCAAUAGCGACAUCAGCAUCGAGUAACCCGCCAGACAUAAUUAAUACCAAAUCUUCGGAAUAUUCAAAUGAUACUGGAAACAGUAAAUUGCACCGCGAUACCGCGUCUAUUAUUAGCGAUCGAAACAGACGCAAAGAGCCAAUAUCUACAGCAGCAACCAUGCGAGUUCUAAACGUAUUAAGACACUGGGUAUCUAAACACGCUCAGGACUUUGAGCUGAACACUGAAUUGAAGCAUUUAACCAUUGAAUUCCUCGAAGACAUUGUCGAGAAUCCGAAUUUGUUGCCGGCGGAGCACAAAGCUGCUAAUCAAUUGAUGCGGCUGUUGAACAAAGGGGAACCUGAGGGUAGUAAAAUUGACUUGGUGCGUUUGCUAUCCCCACCUUCACCAUCACGCACCAUUCAAACUAAGGAAAAUAUUGAGACUUUGUCUGCUCUUGAAAUUGCUGAACAAAUGACUUAUUUGGAUCAUAAAAUAUUUAUCAGUAUUUUGAGCGAAGAAUUCCUUGGACAAGCGUGGAUGAAAGCAGAUAAAACUGUUCGCGCACCUCAUAUAAUAUUGAUGACCAAAAGGUUUAAUGAAGUAUCACAAUUAGUUGUGUCGGAAAUAAUUCGAAGAACUAAUUUGUCUGCUAGAGUUGCGGCCAUUGAAAAAUGGGCUGCGGUAGCUGAUAUUUGCCGGGUUUUACAUAAUUAUAACGGUGUGUUGCAAAUUUGCGCUGCUUUUACAAACAGCAGUGUUUAUAGAUUGAAGAAGACUUGGGAAAAAGUUUCUAAAACGACAAAGCAGACGAUCGAAAGAUUACAAAGUAUUGUUUCAUCUGAUGGGCGCUUCAGAAAUCUGAGAGAUACAUUACACCGUUGUGAUCCCCCGUGUAUUCCUUAUUUAGGAUUAUAUUUAACAGACUUGUCAUUUAUUGAAGAAGGCACUCCAAAUUUCACGGAUGAUGGGCUUCUUAAUUUUGCAAAAAUGAGAAUGAUCGCCCAUGUGAUCCGUGAAAUUCGACAUUUUCAACAGACGCCCUACAAAAUAGAGCUGAUAACAAAAGUAACAAAUUAUUUACUCGACACGACAUUACUUCUUGAAGAAGAUGAUCUGUAUCGCAUGUCCUUGGAAAUAGAGCCGAGAACAUCCCGACUCAGCAAUGCAACUUUUAUUAGUACCCCUUCUACUACCAGCGUUAUUCACAACAAUCAAACUUCAACAAAAUAAAUCAGAUCAUAUAUUAUACUUUAUUUUUUACAAUCUCUAUAAAUAUAAAUAUAAAAAAAAAUAAUAAUAUACAAUCUUGAAAGUACAAUAAUUUAUAAGAAUUCGCCUACUAUACAAGCUUUUAAACACGCGUUUCCAUAUCUUCUGUUAUAUUAUUAUGUAUAGAUAUUUAUCCUAUAUGUAACAUGUAAUUGUCAAUUGUCAAUUGUCAUUAUUUACUUCUUUGUUACACGCAAUCAUAAUCGUACAGACUAACAGACAUUAUCUGUGAUUUUUAACAUAUUUUAGCUUUAAAGUUUUAUGUAUAAUUGUUGACGAUAAAUCUUUAAUAACAAAAGUUAUCAUUAUACUAUUAAAUAUACUAAUACUAUUAUUAAUCAUUGAUUAUUAUAUAGCAAAAGUUAAACUGCAGCAUGAAAUUUUUUAAAAAUACAGAGAUUCUUAAUCUUUAAAAUUUAUUCAUCAUUUCGAUCAAGUUUUUAAAUACUCACAUUAUUAGACUGUGUUGUUUGUGACUGAUUACGCUGUUGAAAAAUUUUAUAAAAUUUUAAGCGCAUUGUUACAUUUGAUCCCUUGUUAUUAGAUCAGUUAUGUAAAUUAAAAAAUUGUAUCUUUAAACGUUCUAAAAAUUUUCAGAGGCAGAGAAAAAAAUUAACUUGA